AUGGACCUGGAGAUAAAAAGGAAGAGGAGAAAGAGGGUUGUAUCGGGUCAGCCGAAGAUUAGGUGGGACGCUUUGAACAAGGACAAUGCCCAGGAGCUGGGGGAGCGGUUAAGGGCGAUGGGAUCCUGGAGGAGUAGCGGGGAUGCUAGUAGUAUGUGGACUACGACGGCUACUAACAUCAGGGAAGCGGCAAGAGAGGUGCUAGGGUUCUCAAAGGGUUACUCUGGCAGACACAAAGGGGAUUGGUGGUGGAACGGAGAGGUACAAGGUAAAGUGGAAGCUAAGAAAACAGCGUAUCUAAAGCUAGUAGAGAGCACAGACGAGGAAGAGAAGAGGACUAACAGGGAGUUGUAUAAGAAAGCGAGGAAAGAGGCGAAGUUAGCGGUUACGACGGCUAAGACGGCUGCUUUUGGACGCUUGUGGGUCAAGGUUGAAGAGGUCGAGGGGGUUAUGCGGAAGAUGAGCAAGGGGAGGGCGACCGGGCCAGAUGAAAUACCGGCAGAAUUUUGGAAGAAUGCGGGUAGGGGAGGCUUGGAGUGGUUUACACGGUUGUUGAAUGUUAUUUUUAGGAUGGCGGAGAUGCCUGAAGAGUGGAAAUGGAGCACCAUGAUCCCGUUGUAUAAAAACAAGGGGGAUAUUCAGAACUGCAACAACUAUAGGGGUAUCAAGCUGUUGAGCCAUACGAUGAAAGUUUGGGAGAGAGUGUUGGAAGCGAGGAUGAGGAAGUUAGUUUCUAUUUCGAAGAACCAGUUUGAUUUAUGCCGGGGCGUUUGA